UUUGACUCUGAGCUGAUGAAGGUUGGGCCCUGGCGGGCGGGGCCGGAGAGGCGGGCCUGGAGCCAGGGGGCGGGACAGACGCCACGGAAACGCGAUCGCGCCGGCGCCGAACCACAACUCCCGGCGGCCCCUGCGCUCCCAGGCGGCAAGAUGGUGGCGCGCAGGAGGAAGCGCGCGGCGCGGGACCCGGAGGACUGUAUCCCCAGCCCACCGGGCUACGCAGCUAUUCCAAUCAAGUUCUCCGAAAAGCAGCAGGCUUCUCACUACCUCUAUGUGAGAGCACACGGCGUUCGACAAGGCACCAAGUCCAUCUGGCCUCAGAAGAGGACUCUUUUUGUCCUCAAUGUGCCCCCAUACUGCACAGAGGUGAGCUAGUGUCUGGGAGGGGACCUGUGGGCUCUAGGUGGGGGCUCCCUUGGCCUCCACCAAGUCCUUGGUGGUGAGACGGACACAGCUAAUGGGAGCCCCAGAGGAGAGUGUCCAGAGGGCUACCUUGAUCUCCAGUCAGGAAACGAGUUUUUCAAAGAUGUCUUUAAAAGUAUAAUCCUGCCAGGCAUGGUGGCUCAUGCCUGUAAUCCCAGCACUUUGGGAGGCUGAGGCGGGU